AUGGUUCUGUUCUNAACAAGCUUCGUACACAUUGCUUCGACAUUUAUUGCAUUAUUUGACUGUGUAAUCUUAGAUAUUACAUUAUAUUAAUUUCAAGAAGAGAGAUUGUUGCAUCUCUUCUUUAUUUGGUUUUACUUAAAUAAUUUAGUGAAAGCACAUACCAAAGAAUAGUUGAAAAUAAGCUCUAAGAAGAGAAGUUUUAGAUUUUCAACACAUUUAUAAACCGUUUAUUGA